CGCGCAUUCACGAUCAGUCGUUCUGCUCCGCCGGACUGGGGUGCGUUCAUCUGACUGUAUCGCCAGCGCGCAGUGUUGUAUAGUUUACUUGUGUGCAUCAGUCGUCCGCAGACUCCCGGGAAAACUCGUUUCUCCUCCGAGCCGCGCUCAUCGCGUCACUCGUCCAUACGAUAUAUAUUAUUUCGUAUAUUUUCGUACAUACAUUAAACUACGGCUGAUAUCUCGUCUUUAUCGGAUUUAUUCGUUUUCAUUUUCGGUUUUUUUUUUUCCUUUUCGGCGUCGUCUUGGUAGCCACCCCCGAGAGGAGGGUUCCUAACGACCCGCACGCGGUAUUCGUGUCGUCGCUGUUCGCCGGUCCCUAUCGCUUCGUGCUGACGGGACAUUUUUCCACCCCAUAUUUGUGGUACCUAGACAUGUGACAUGAAGGCUACAAUUGUGAUCAAAACAGUUGUACUGAUGGCCCUUGUGGUUGUCGAGAUCUCCAGAACUUUUGCCAAACACCGCGAAGGAAAAUAUAAAGGCACCCACUGGUGGGGAAUUGCUAAAGCUGGCGAACCUAAUAAUUUGGCUCCUAUGACCCCUGGCUUGAUGCUCAUGGACUCAUCAUCGUUAACGUUACUGCGCAAUAAACAGAGGAGAAUGAUCCGCGAACAUCCGGGCGUAUUGCAAGCGAUCAGCCGAGGCGUCAAUAUGGCACUGCAAGAGUGUCAGCACCAGUUCCGGAACAGGCGUUGGAACUGUUCAACUAAAAACUUCUUGACUGGCAAAAACUUGUUUGGGAAAAUCGUGGACAGAGGUUUCAGGGAGACGGCGUUCAUCUACGCGAUCACCAGCGCGGGCGUGACGCACGCGGUGUCCAGGGCGUGUGCUGAGGGCGUGAUCGAGACGUGCACGUGCGACACCACUCACCAGCGACGUGGACCGUACAUCCAGAACUCCGUGCCGGGCGUCAAGGACUGGGAGUGGGGUGGUUGUUCGGACAACAUUGACUUCGGGUACAAGUUCUCCAGGAUGUUCGUGGACACUGGCGAGCGGGGCCGCAGCCUCCGGGAGAAGAUGAACCUGCACAACAACGAAGCCGGCCGCAUGCACGUACAAUCGGAAAUGAAACAGGAAUGCAAGUGUCACGGCAUGUCGGGCUCGUGCACAGUGAAGACGUGCUGGAUGAGACUGCCCAUAUUCCGUUCGAUCGGCGACAACCUCAAGGACAGGUUCGACGGCGCGUCCAGGGUGAUGGUGGGCAACGCGGGCGGUCUCCGCCGGUUGCGGCGCAAGGACAACGCGCAGAACAAACACUCCGAUCAGCAGCAGCAGCCGCAGGACCAACAGUCGCAACAGCAAUCGCAACAGAACGGCGGCGGAGGCGGCGGCGGAAGGGGCGGCGGCGGCAGGGGAAGGAGGCGCGGCGGCGGCCGGAACAGGUACAACUUCCAGCUGAAACCGUACAACCCCGAGCUGAAGGCGCCCGGUACCAAGGACCUGGUGUACCUGGAACCGUCACCCGGGUUCUGUGACCCGAACCCGCGUCUGGGCGUGCUGGGCACUCACGGUCGCGCGUGCAACGAGUCGUCCAUCGGCGUGGACGGGUGCGACCUGAUGUGCUGCGGCCGCGGCUACAAGACCCACCAGGCCCUGGUGUCCGAACGGUGCAACUGCACUUUCCUGUGGUGUUGCGAGGUCAAGUGCAGCGUGUGCCAGUACAGGAAGACAAUCAACACGUGCCUGUAGACCACGCACCGCAUGCAACUGCACUGCGGUCGCAACCGCGGCGGCGGCGGCGGUGGGCACGGGUACCAGCUGGCGGCGAUUAUAUGACAUCAUUCCAUUCAUCCAUCAUUCCUAACGCACGUAUAAUAAUAAUAUUAUACUCGAUUUACAUCAUUUACGUAUUGUGUACACACGCGCGCUUCUAAACGUAAAUCAUUAUUAUCAUAUUUUUUACGAUUUCUGUUCUAUAACCAUUUUACAUUAUCCAUUUUAUUUUAAUAAUAUAAUAAUAAUUAAUAAUAUUAUUUAUAACGCGUCCGCUUUGCGCGCGAUCGUUGAAAACGAACACUCGACGGUGCCGCUCACACCGUCAGCACAAUAUUAUCUCAGCUGCGACCAAAAUCUCGUCCGCUCCGAUGCCGUUUUUCGAAACGUAAUCGGCGCGAGACGGGAGAGCGGCAUUAUAAGUCGAGAAUUUCGUUUUAAACGAUUUUUUUUUUUUUUUAAUUAUUGUAAUAACUUCUACUUUCUAUUUUCAAUUUUUUUUUUUAUAAAAAUAUUAUGACACCGGCAAAACCUAGAAUGCAAACCGUUAUUCCACACGUAUUUUCGAAUGUGUACAUCCUGAUAUAUACCAAACGUUAAUGUUUUUUUUUUUUUAAAUAAAAAUUUAAAGUUAGUA